AUGGAGUUUCAAGUGCCUGACGUGCCGCUGUUGAAAAUCUUCUCCUUCCUGGAUGCGUUCAGCUUGCUCCAGGCUUCCCAAGUGAACAGGUGUUGGAAUAGGGUUGCAGAGAAUGAUCACCUGUGGAGGAACCUGUGUCUGAAGAAAUGGAGUUUCUGCAACUUCUCCCAGUGCCUGGGCUCACUGACGUGGAAGCAGUUCUUCCUCAAACAGAGAAAGCAGGAGUACCGGAUGGCGUUGGCGAAGCCAGAAGACUUUACCUUCAGAGAAGCAAGUGGGAACCUCGGAAUCUUAGGACCUAUGGCUUAUCUGUCAGGAAAUGACCACACAGUGGGUGGACAAGAGAAGUCAGUCAUUUGCACGGUGUCAUCAAAACACGUGCUUUGUACCUGGGACGUGCAGGAGGGCACUAUGAUCUGGUCCAGCCCAGUCCAGCAGUCUAGCAUCAUGCAUCUGGCGACCCUCCCUCAGAUGCAUCUCGCAUUCACUGUGGACUUGGAAGGAACUGUCAAAGUGUGGAAUUGUCAGGAUGAGGAUGCCCUGGCUACUCUUGCCAUACCUCGGGCCUGUUUUUCUUUGGAAAUCUGUCUCACAAAUGAUGGCCCAUUCUUGAUGGUAGGCAAUUCUGAAGGUGACAUCUACACACUGACCGUGCCUGAGCUAAGGGGUGUCUCUAAAGUCAAUGCAUUUAAAUAUAGUGUUGACCUCCUACACUGCUCUCCUGACAGGAAAUGGAUCUUUGCAUCUGGGACACAUCAGAAUAUCUUGCCAAUGGUGUUUCUCACAGAGUGCUUACUGAAACCGUCAGAAGGCAAAAGCCCUCUGUGCCUCUCUAUCCCAUUUUCAUCAUGCUGCAGAGCCUGCUGGGCCCCAAGGAAGACAAGCAGGGUAACAGUGAUGUACCGAAGAGGUUCUUUCAAAAAGACAGGAUUUACCACCUUUGAUCUAAUGGCUAAGAGGACUGGGGGCAGGACAGACAUCCAAGCCCAUCAGGUUGCAACUUUCCUGUUGCCAGUUCAUAUGGAGAGUCCUAUUUGGAUGGGAGUCGGUGAUGGCAAUAUGAUCGUGUUUGAGAGUGGGCCAUACUUGUUCCUCUUCACCAUCAGUGGCCACCUGCUGCAACGAUUUGAGGACCACCAGAGGACCAUCAGCAACCUAUGGGUGGAUUCUGUGCACAUCCUCACCACAUCUAUGGAUGACUCUCUGCAUUUGUACAUGUGGGAAGACGAAGGCCGUUAUCCAUACCUCAAGAGCUGCUGUCACCUGGAACACAUAGGGAGUGACCUGGCACCAAGCUGCUAUGUCUCCAAAGCAAUAUGUGAUAACAUGAGCAUAGUAUGUGUGGUGUCAAGAAUUCGUGAAUCCAGCAUUCUGGUGAUGUAUUCUUUGCAUAUGUAAUGUGGAAACUAAUGGAAUUAACCCUACAUCAUUUCCCUCCAUGUAGUAAAGAGAUUUCUGUUUGCAAACCCAGAAUGAUUAUUUUAGUAAUAUUAGGAAAGAAGCAAUGACUUAACUACUGACAGUAAAUCAGACACUAUAAUGGAUACUACAGAUCCGGCACUAUACAGAUAGAAUGCAGAGCAACAUAUCCUUUGUCCUUGCCAGUAUAGAAUACCAAGGUAGUCAAAUAUAACUGGUCAUACAAAUCAAUUCAAAGGAAGCCUAUAACUGGGGAAAGCAUGACUGUAGAUUAAGGCUGGUUUAAAAACAAAGGCAUGAGGAUGCCUGGCUCAGUUGGUAAAGCAUGCAACUCUUGGAUUUUGGGGUUGUGAGUUUGAGCCCCAUGUUGGGCAUGGAGCCUACUUUAAAAAAAUUGUAAAAGUGAAGGUCAUCUGUAUUAGUGUUCUCUAAUACAUCUAUUUUUUGCUUACAUUUUAGAAAAACAGAUGGUAAUACUUAAAGGUAGCUACAAGAGACUCAGAAUAUGGAUGGUAGGAAUAUGUGCUCAUGAAGACUAGGAAAUAGGAAAUAUAGCAAAAGCUAAAUCACAUGAAAGUUUGGAUUUGUAUAGCAUCACAGCCACUGUAAGGGACAUGAUAAAGCACUGCCCCCUAGGUUUGUAUCAUUGGCUCAGGAGAGAGAGUACUGAAAAAUCAAGCCUAAGAUCCACAGGUCUACAG